AAAAUCCGUAAUCUUUAAAUAAACAAAUCAUGCGUCAUUUUUGUUAUGAUUCAUAUGUCACGUGACGUAUUUUCUGUCAAAAUAUUUUGCUUUGUGUUUGUAAUGGUGAAGUUUUGUUUUUCUUCUAAUCUGCGGUUUUCCUGGAAUAAUUAGUAGUGUUUCCUAUAAAGCUUCCGGCACGUAGCAUAAAACAUAGAUGCUCUUAAUAGGUGAAGAACUUUUGGCUUAAAAUGUUGUUUGCGGAGAAAAAUAUUUGCCCAAACGUUACGACGUUAUCCUACGACGAAGCUUGUUUGGAUGUUUUUAACAAUUUAAAUGAGACUGUCACGAUUUUUGGACAAUACGAACAGUGCCAUAAGUGCGAUUUUAUGAAUUUGACUGAACUGAGCCCGUUAAAUAGCACUUCUAUAAGAGUUUCGACUAGGUCCCCCUUGCAGCUGUACUAUUUAAGGGGCAAAACACCGAAUUGCAGCUUCGAUAACCUGUACUAUGAGCACUACCUGUAUGGAUGGAACAUAACAGAUAAAUGUAACCAGCCGUACAUUAAACAACCAGCAGAUAAUGCAUACUUACCUAUUUUGACUGCUUUUAUUGUACUUUUUUGCUUUGGGACUGCUUGGUAUAUGGUGAAAUGUAUCUACAAGAACAGUCAUAGGUUGAGAUCUUUGUUGACAUGGCAUAGUGAAUUGGAAGAUGACUUGGGUGGUUCUACCACGGGAAGUUCCAUUGUUAUUGAGAGAUCGCCAUCAAUUAAAAAACACCCCAACAGAGUCAAAUCGGUGGAUGUUUUCAGAGGGUUAUGCAUUAUGCUUAUGAUUUUCGUUAAUUAUGGGGGUGGAAAAUAUUGGUUUUUUGGCCAUUCAUUGUGGAAUGGCAUAACCAUUGCUGACUUAGUUUUUCCAUGGUUUUUGUGGCUUAUGGGCUUGUCUCUAUCGAUUUCCCUCCAAAGUAAACUUAGGAGGGCUGUACCCAGAAGACAGCUCGUAAUACAGACGUUACGUCGCUCGUUAAUAUUAAUAUUUCUUGGCAUCAUGAUAAAUUCCAAUCAAAACACUCAAACUAUUGCGAACCUAAGAUUCCCGGGGGUUUUGCAAAGAAUCGGAAUUACUUAUUUGAUUGUGGGACUGCUUGAGGUGGCUUUUACAAAGAGAAUUGAAGUUGAUAACGUUUCCCCCGUCCAAGAUCUAAAAUCUUCGUGGCCGCAAUGGCUGGCCGUGGCCUGCUUGGCGACGAUACACACGUGCGUGACGUUCCUGGCGCCGGUGCCGGGGUGCGGGCGCGGCUACCUGGGCCCGGGGGGGCUCGACUCGGCCGGCCAGUUCCGCAACUGCACGGGAGGCGUGGCCGGCUACGUCGAUCGCGCCCUCUUCGGCGAGCACAUGUACCACAGGCAGCCGCGACCCAACACCUACGAGACGCGGCAGACGUUCGAUCCCGAGGGCCUGCUCAGCACCCUGCCCGCCGUUCUGACGGUCUACUUGGGCGUGCAGGCCGGGCGGAUCUUGAACACGUACCAGGCAAUCAGGGCGAAGGCUGCCAGGUGGAUGGCGUGGGGCGUUUUGUUGUGCCUCCUCGGUGGCGCCCUCUGCGAGUUCAAAAGGGACGACGGGAUGAUCCCGAUCAACAAACGCCUCUGGUCGCUUUCGUACGUCUUCGUAACCGCCGGCAUGGCGUUCGUAAUUCAAACGUGUCUUUUCUUGCUUGUCGACAUAACGAGGAAAUGGGGCGGGCGGCCCUUCUUCUACCCCGGCAUGAACGCCCUGGUGCUCUACGUCGGCCACGAGCUCUUCAGGGGCACCUUUCCGUUCGCCUGGAAACCAUCCCAGACCACGCACGGUACUUAUUUGUUUAUGAAUUUGUGGGGCACUGCCUUAUGGGUGUCCCUCUCUAUUUUCAUGUAUAAAUCUAACCUGUUUUUGUCUAUUUAAAAAAUGUACGUUUUAUAUGUUAACACAGUGUACUUUAAGCCAUAUACAUAGCAAUAAUCUACAUACUGUGUGUUAAUUAUUUACAUUAUUAGACUACACUAGUCAGUCAGAUUUGGGUACAUUUAUUUUUGAAGUUUUAAUUAUUUUUGGACUGAAUUAGAAUAAUUUGGACAUUUUAGUUGGGAAACUUAUAAAAUUGUGAUUAUUUAGCUGUUUACAUGGCUUGUAAAUAUGUUAUUUUAUUAUAUUGAUGCAUAUUACAUACAUACUUAUACUAUUUCUAAACUGUUAAUAAAGUAUUAAUUUAGAAUGAAC